UACAUAUAGCGAAUAACACGUUACAAAAUAUGUUAUUACUAAACGCGUAGAGAAUGGAUCUUUUGGUAAUAACUCAGACCGGGAAAACCCGUUUCAUUAUCAGUUUCUCGUUUACCUUGAAAUUCACAAAACGUUCCUAAACGUGAUGGGGACGGAGGAAGAGAAAGGUAAAGAAAUUCAAGGAAUCUUUAGAAAGAUACAUACGUGUGUAAACGUUGCCGAUUAAACAGCCUAACAUGAUUUUCAUAUUAUCGUAUAGUGAUGUAUAUAGCAGGAAAAGACCAUUCUCUUCUACACAAAUCUAUAGAUUAUACAAUGUAUCUAUGCAUAUACAUUUAUUCCACAAUUAGAUAAACUGCAGCUAUAUUCUACGUGAUUGCUUCUUUCUUUAUAUUCAUUAUACUGUACACCGUAUAGGUAUUUUUGGAAUUUAGAUACGCGUAUGAUGAGUCAAGUGACAUGUGUAAAUGUAGAUAUAUGUAUAUGUAAUGUCGGGAAAAACCUGAUGAACUACAGGCAAAAAACAAUAGAAGUGUUGACGAGUCGGGAAAGUUAGGAAAUCCCGAUGGGCCAUAUACCCGUGCCCCUUUACGAUACUAGCUAAUUAAAAAAGUUGUUCUUGACCAUGGGUCAUCCACAUCUGUGGAACACAUAUGUACGUUAGGAAUACCAAAGUCGUGGUAUAAAAAGCAUCCGUUAGUCAGUUACGGCUAGAGUGGCGGGAGAGUUGUAGUUGGAGUAGUGAGUGAGUAGCGAGUGAUUAGCGAAUGAGUUGCGAGUUAAUCGUUAUUUAUGAGUUGUCGAGUCGUUGUAAGUUGUAAGUUUUAAGUUGUAAGUUGCAAGUUGUCGAAUUGUUGUGAGUUGCUAAUUGUAAGUUGAAUCCUCCAUGAUGAAGCUGCCGAUCGUCCUCUCGAUAGUGUUAAUUUUCUCGCCGUUGAUUGUAGUUGGAAAUAUUAUUCCUAUCGACUACGAAACGAUCGUGAAUGAGACCUGCAAAAACGAAAUUUUAACAUUAUACUUAAGUAGUUCUACAAACUUGAAUGAAAACACUAUUGUUUCUCCUACUCUAAAAUGUAUCGCCAUAAAAGGCUACGACUCUAGAUUCGAGGAUGGAGUUUUCAAAAACGUGCCAAAUCUGGAAUUCCUUGACCUCAGUAAUAAUGAGAUUUCUACGCAUAAUUUAUUUACUUUUGGUAAUCUUUUAAACGUGAAAAUACUAGAUCUCAGUAAUCAAACUGUCAACUCAGGUUAUAUAACAAGAAUAGACGGCGUGUAUCCCGAACUUGAAUAUUUGAAUUUAAGACGUACUAGGAUAGAAGAGUUAACAUCGUCAUUGGAUAAUCCAUUUCCAAAACUGAAAUAUUUGGACCUAUCAGAGAAUAGAAUAAAUUCCAGACGGUCUUUGUCGAUAAAUAUGUUCUCCGCAUUAACGCACCUUGAUCUGAGUGACAACAAAAUGUAUCAAUUUUCAUUUACACGAAUGGAAAAUCUGUUGUCGUUAACGUUGGAUCGUAACGCAAUUCAGAGUCUUGAGUCAUCUAUGGGUAUUGAUCUGACAGGUCUGGAAAAGUUGGAGAAACUGUCGCUAGCGUACAAUAGGAUCUCGUACAUUAACAGUAAAGCAAUUGAAGCAAUGUCCAACCUUCGGUAUUUGAACCUUUCUGGCAAUCUUUUAUCAACCUUCAAUUUCGAUAUGCUUAGAUCAGUGAAAUCUUUAGACAUUCUUGUACUAGAUAAUAAUUCGUUGGAUAAUGUUCCCAUAACAGCGCCUCUAAACAUAACUCAACUCUCGAUAAAUCGUAACAAUAUACGUUAUUUAGCGAUUAACACCUUUUUCUAUCUGCACAGCUUAAGAAAGCUAUUUAUAGGCGAGAAUAAAAUCGAGAGCAUCCAGGCGGAUGCCUUUCAGAAUCAAGUGCUGUUAGAAGAGCUAUAUUUAAAUGACAACCAAUUAAGUUAUUUACCAAUAGGUUGGUGUGAAUCUAUGAAAAUGUUGCGAUAUCUAAAUUUGGCGGGGAAUAAAUUCGCUUUGUUGGAAUCAGUGAUUUACUCUUCUGAUUUGCCCGUGCAACACCUACACUUUGAACGCAACCCUCUUACGUACAUUAAUGGCAGUUUAUCUCGACUGUUUCCAGUAAAUAUGACGAUUUAUCUAAACGUUAAUGUAACAUCUCAGUGUAAGUCAAAUAUACGUAAUGAGAUGAGUAAAGAUCUAGACCACUGGUACUGAUAGAUAGAGUGUAAUGUUGAGGUAUGGACAUCUACUACAGGACCAUGUAUUGAAUGAUUUGUAAUCUAAGAAAUUGUGAUUAUUAAAUGCUUCAGGUUUUACUGUAUAAAUAAACAUAUUGUAAUUGCUUAAUAAAAAGACUCAUUGUAUAUUGCUCUUUAUUCUUGCCUCUUCUUUCUUCUCCUGGCAUGCAAAAUUCGUGCAAAAUAUCAUAUCAUACUGUUUCAGCUUUUAAUUAGAAUUUUGCAGUAUGUCUAGGAAAGGAGAGAAAUUAUCUUUCGAUAUCUCUUCGAAUUUCAUCUAUUACUGUUAUUUGUAUUCGAUAUCUGUUCGAAUUUCAACGUUGCAAUUACUCAAAUCUUUGACGCUACGUAGAUGUAUCGAUUGCUUUGACAAUUCUCAUUUAAUCGGUUAAAAGACGAACGACAAAUACAUAUUUUGCGAAAGUUAUUCCUGGAAUAUAUAAAAUCGGCCGAAUUAGUUGGGGAUGCAAGGAAUAACGUGUACUUUGUUACAACUUGAAAGUAUACCUUGUUCUGGAUAUACAAUGAUCAUAUUCAUAAAAGAUGACAGGGAAAUCCCAAACAGGAAACGUUUAAAACGAUAACGAUGCUUUUUAUAGACGAUGUAUUUAUUAUUUCCGAUUAUUUCGAAUAAGCUGACGCAACUGUCAAUCCAUAUAAGAGGAGGAGACAGCUACAAAUUUGCAGUAAUUUCUUGUUUGCAGCCAGAAGAAACAGAACGAAGUUCGCAUUAUGAAAACGAUUAUAUUGUUGAGUACGAUUGUAAGCAUUGCAAAAUCCAUACCGAAAAUAAGUUGGGAACAGAAUGCGGAUCCUAUGUGGAUCACGUAUAACAACGCGAUAAGUAACAAGGAACAUUUCGUCGUAUGCUCUGAGGAAGAGAGCAUUAAUUUGCACGGGCUGGGGUUAGAAAAGAUCCCUAAAGAUUUGGUAAAGAGCCAAACGAUACAAUCAAUAUCGUUACAUAACAAUAACAUCCAAAAAAUACCAAUAGAUGCAUUCGAGGAAGUUCCUCUUUUGAAGUGUCUAAAUCUCGCUUAUAACUACAUUUCUUUCGAUAAACUUGAGAUAAAACACGACAACUUGAAAACAUUAAUUAUAGAUUUUCAAGUAACACCAGAAACGAACGAUGUAACAACUUUAAGCGAGGCAAAAAUAAAUUGUCCUAACGUUGAUACAUUAUCUUGGAGAGGAAUAACCCACGAAUUUCGUCUUUUGUGGAUAAAAAUGUUUCCAAAGUUAAAAAAUAUUUAUUUAUCUGACAGUCAUUAUAUCCAAUUUGUCAACGAAACUGCCAUAUCUUAUUUACCGAAUUUGAGAAGUCUAUACUUAGAACGAAAUUCAAUUAGUAAAUUCGUUAUGGAUAAUUUUGGGAACAUCGAGAUAUUGUAUCUGAAUGACAAUCCUCUUGAGGAAUUUUGGAUAAAUCCAAUUCGCCAAAGAUUAAGGAUUUUAUCGUUAUCUAACUGUUCAAUCUACAAUAUGCCUGAGUUAAAUAUUCGAUCCUUAGAAUCGUUAGAUUUAUCUCAUAAUCGAAUUGGUACCAUAACGACAAGCGCGUUCCAAUACAUAGUUUUAUUAGAAAAUUUAAAUUUAGAUAACAAUCAAUUAAUAACGAUUCCUCCUAUAGAUCGUUCAAAUAAUUUGAAAACAUUGUCGUUAAAUUAUAAUUACAUUAGCAAUAUUACGGGUAUCGUUAGAUCAAGUUCUUUAAAAACGUUGAAUCUACGCGGAAAUGAGAUAGAGAACAUCGACGCAAUGGAGUUUUGGAAUCUGAAAAUGUUAGAAUAUUUAGACAUAUCUCAUAAUAAAUUAAAAUCAUUGUCUCCGAAAUGGCACAAAGGCAUGAACAGGCUAAAAUAUCUAAAUUUGCAGUACAAUAAUUUUAUAAACAUAGAAUACAUGUCCAUCUUUCACAUAAGUUAUUUGAAAGAAUUGUAUAUAAAAAAUAAUAAUAUCACGUAUAUAGAUCUAGAUACAUUAUCACGUGUGCCAAAUAAUUGUACUAUAUACGUGCUUUAGAAAUGUUGCUAUUCUAUAAUUUAACAGUAUUGUAAUUGGUACCAUGUAGUAUAAUAUAAUAACAGUUGUAAUUAUUAUAUCCAGAGUAAAAUCACUUAUUUAGUGCUGCAAUAAAUUCGGAGAAUUCAAACCUGA